GGGGGCGCUAAUGCAACAGGUUGGAGGCCAAACGGUCAACUUCCACCGUAGAAGAAGAAGGUCGCAGGUGCCAGUUGAGGUGCCUGCUUGUUAUCUGUUGUUAGUGUCCUCUCUGGUAAAAUUACAGGAUGGCACAGUGGGGUGCCAUAUUCUCAAUAAUCGCUGCCAUCGGAGGAGCAGCGCUCUUUGCCUCCGUGCACAAGAUCGAUGAGGGACACACUGGAGUUUACUACAGGGGAGGGGCUCUACUGACCAUCACCAGCGGCCCGGGCUUCCAUCUUAUGCUUCCAUUCAUCACAACCUACAAACCUGUCCAGACGACGCUGCAGACAGACGAGGUGAAGAAUGUGCCGUGUGGCACCGGUGGAGGAGUGAUGAUUUACUUCGACCGUAUAGAAGUGGUGAACUACCUCGUGCCAUCAGCAGUGUUCGACAUAGUGAAGAACUUCACAGCGGACUACGACAAAGCUUUGAUAUUCAACAAAGUUCACCAUGAGCUCAACCAGUUCUGCAGUGUUCACUCGCUGCAGGAGGUCUACAUCGGCUUGUUUGACCAAAUCGAUGAGAACCUGAAGUUGACGCUACAACAGGAUCUCACAUCGAUGGCUCCUGGACUCAUCAUACAGGCGGUCCGUGUCACGAAGCCCGUUAUCCCAGAGAGCAUUCGCAGGAACUACGAGCUCAUGGAGAGCGAGAAGACGAAGCUGCUGAUCUCUCAACAGACACAGAAGGUUGUGGAGAAGGAGGCAGAAACAGAAAGGAUCAAAGCUGUGAUCGAGGCUGAGAAAGUGGCACAAGUGGCAGAGAUCAAGUACGGACAGAAGGUCAUGGAGAAGCAAACAGAAAAAAGGAUUUCUGAAAUUGAAGACGGAGCUUUCGUCGCCCGGCAGAGAGCCAAGGCCGACGCCGACUUCUACACGUCACAGAAAGUUGCCGACGGCAACAAGAUGAAGCUAACGAAAGAGUACCUGCAGCUCAUGAAGUACAAGGCCAUCGCAACCAACAGCAAGAUCUACUUUGGCAACGAGAUACCCCAGAUGUUUGUGGACACUGGCUCUGCAGGGAGCUCCGUCAAGGCCGCUGCACUCAUGGACGUUGUUGCUGAGCAGAUCCUGGACCUGGAUUAGCACGGGGAUUAGCCGGGCCCACAGGACCACCCAGGGGUGGAGGGCUGUCUGCUGGAGGCAGGAGCCCGGCCCGCUGGCUUCUCCCUCUGACCCGGAGAAGCUCUGCUGACCAGGCCCGUAUUUCUCAAACGCAUCACAAUAACCUUCGAAGUCACAUUGAAAGUCUGGGAUGUAAUAUUCUCUGUCGGAGCAGAGCGCUGUGUUAGUUAAGAUCUAAUCUCUUCACUGUUCCUUCAAAACAACCAUUUUAAAGAGUUUCUUCUGCCGCUCUGCUCGUGUUGUCAGUCCAUCACAACCUCCAGGAUCCUUUUCUACUGUGUUUAUAAAAGACCACUUCAUUUUAUUAUCCAUUAAUCUGCCGAUGAUGUAAUUAAUUAACUAAUUAGUCUAAGAAACAUUACCGGUAACCUCACACAGGAGCUUUUCAUUAUGCUAACGUUUCCCCUCGAGUCCUUCACUCGCGUCUUCGCUCCUCCGAGCGACGACGUGAGCGAGAGAAGCGAGGACGGAGCAAAGCUCUUUGCUUCUCUCUCAUUUGUGUUUCCUCCCCUCGAGGUGCAUUUGAAGGUUUGGAAGAUCCUCCAUGAUGGCAGAGGAGGAACACUUUGUCAUGUGAGGAAGCUCAAGUUAGCGUAAUGAGAAGCACCCAAAGUUCAGUAGGUGGUUAGAACUGUGCUAACGAUUGGCCUGGGAAGUAAUGCUAGGUUACUACUGUAGCUGGACAUGCUAACAACUGUAGCUUACGUUAGCAGAGAAACUCAAAGUUAAAGAAAAUAAAACCUUUUAAUCAGAACAUGACAUGUUAUAUAUUCACGUCCAGCUCUUAUAGACCCCAGAGGACAUGAGCUGACAGUUAUAACAUGUCGCUGCUGAAAGGACCUCUGAAGAUGCUCCGCCGUGACUUCUUAUUCUGAAGUGCUUGAGACAUACGGGUCCAGACGUCCCUGUAGACGAGACGCAGAAGGAGAAUGUUGGCUGCCGCCCGCCGGAUGUAACGUCAUCGUCAUUCUGUUUUAUCUGUCGAGUGCAGCUGUGUGAAGUUCAUGUUGCUGUAAGUGUUUGUAGCACUUUGUUUUCUCACCGUACAAACAGCGGGAGACUUUAUUUGUGCGGCUGUUUGUUUUGACUGUUCAUGUGUAUUUUGCAUUAGAAGUUUUAUUUGCCCACUUUGAAACCUUUGUGUUGAGUUGUGACACGAAGAACAAUCUUCUUUUCUACAAACAUGUGACAUCAGCUUUCCUCAAAAGACAGUCUUCAGCUAUGUGUUGAUGAUUUAAUACAGUUUGAUGUGCAUCCUGUGACGAUAGUACCACAGUAGUGAAUUGGCUAAUAUACAGAUUGAUGCUGAGGGACUCGCUGGACCUCAAAACCUUUUUUAUAGAACUCUUGACUUGAUCAGGACCAAAAAACAAACCUGUGUUCUGUGUCUUAGAUUAUUAAAGGACUCAUUUGUCUAAACGUUUGUCAGUUUUUCAGUUGGAGUGUUUCCACACAUUAUAGAUUAUAGAGUUAUGAGUUAGCGACCAAAUGAUGCGUUCUUUAAAGAAACAAUGACUCACUUUAUUAUGUAGCUUCAGGCGAAGCGGCUUGUUCAGGCGAUGAUUCUGGCAGUUUCUUAAGUGUUAGCAGACGCAGUGAUGACAUGAAAACCCAACACGACUUCCUUCUCUCUUACUUUCUCUUACGUUUCUCUUCUCUUCUUUCGUGCAAACAGUGGUUCUGUUCUUGUGUCGGCGCCGCUCUGUGUUGUUUAGAGUUGCUCCAGUUACUUCAGAUUAAAACACGUUUCUCUGAUUGAUUUUCGACUUCACGAUGACUUGAAAUGCAAAAGUUUCUGCACUGAUUUUAAUUGUAAAUAUGCAAUCGAGAUAUUGUCAUUUGGCAAUAAAGUACUGCGGGUUAUUCUUUGACAAAUCA